AGACAGCCGACCUCGGCCCUAAGCGCCUGCGCAGUCGCGGGGCCGCCGGCCGUGCUGUUCCCGCCAAUUCCUGUGGUAGUCCUUAACGUGUCGAGUUCCGCGCUCAAUGGAGACGUUUGACCCCACCGAGCUGCCCGAGCUGCUUAAACUUUAUUACCGGAGGCUCUUUCCCUACUCUCAGUACUAUCGCUGGCUCAACUACGGCGGAGUGAUAAAGAAUUACUUUCAACACCGUGAAUUUUCAUUCACAUUGAAAGAUGAUAUUUACAUUCGGUAUCAAUCCUUCAACAACCAGAGUGAUCUGGAAAAGGAGAUGCAGAAAAUGAAUCCAUACAAGAUUGAUAUAGGUGCAGUAUAUUCCCACAGACCCAAUCAACACAAUACAGUGAAGCUGGGAGCUUUCCAGGCUCAGGAAAAAGAACUGGUAUUUGACAUUGACAUGACAGACUAUGACGACGUGAGGAGAUGUUGUAGUUCUGCAGACAUAUGUCCUAAGUGCUGGACCCUCAUGAUAAUGGCCAUACGCAUCAUUGACAGAGCAUUGAAGGAGGACUUUGGAUUUAAGCAUCGUCUCUGGGUAUAUUCUGGAAGGAGAGGUGUUCAUUGUUGGGUCUGUGAUGAAUCAGUUAGAAAAUUGUCUUCUGCAGUACGUUCUGGGAUAGUUGAGUAUUUGAGCCUUGUAAAGGGUGGUCAAGACGUUAAAAAGAAAGUUCACCUAAGUGAAAAAAUUCACCCUUUUAUCAGAAAAUCUAUAAACAUAAUAAAAAAAUACUUUGAAGAAUAUGCCUUGGUUAAUCAAGAUAUUCUCGAAAAUAAAGAAAGCUGGGAUAAGAUUUUAGCCCUUGUUCCUGAAACAAUUCAUGAUGAACUUCAACAAAACUUCCAAAAGUCUCACAAUUCACUUCAGCGUUGGGAGCACUUGAAGAAAGCAGCCAGCAGAUGUCAGAAUAACAUCAAAAAUGACAAAUAUGGACCCUGGCUGGAGUGGGAGAUUAUGCUCCAGUAUUGUUUUCCACGGCUGGAUAUCAAUGUCAGCAAAGGAAUCAAUCAUCUACUGAAGAGCCCUUUUAGUGUUCAUCCUAAAACAGGUCGCAUAUCUGUGCCUAUUGAUUUGCAGAAAGUGGACCAGUUUGAUCCAUUUACUGUUCCGACCAUAAGCUUCAUCUGCCGUGAAUUGGAUGCCAUUUCCACUAAUGAAGAGGAAGAGGAGGAGAAUGAAGCUGAAUCUGAUGUCAAACACAGAACCAGAGAUUAUAAGAAGACCAGUCUAGCACCUUAUGUGAAAGUUUUUGAACAUUUUCUUGAAAACCUGGAUAAAUCCCGAAAAGGAGAACUUCUUAAGAAGAGUGAUUUACAAAAAGAUUUCUGAAGACAGAGCUCCUCAAACCAUUGUGGAUAUCUUCUGCCUUCAACCACAGAUCAAAUGCUUCAAGAGCCAUUUAAUAAAUAUGGCAGAACUAUGUAUGUGUCUUAAAACUCAAAGUAAAUUUUCCUUUACUUGAGAAAUAA